GGAGUCUGUUGCAUCACUAAAAGAGGCAUCCGCUCGGGAGUCACAACAAGUGACGCAGCAAGUUCGUAGCGUACCACCCACUGGUCCUCCGAAGAUAGCGGCAAAAAAAGGCGGUGCUUUUGUGCCUCGAUACCGGACGACGCUCGCAACAAUGGUUGAUAUGUCCGAUUUGAAGGAUGGUGCUUUACGUGAAAUCAAUAUGGAUGAAAGUGUCUUCGGUAUUGAAUUCAAGUCACAUAUUGCAAUUGAUGACUUGGAAGAGAUUUUUACGCAUGAACAACUAGGCGUCGGUAAUAUGCACUCAUACAUCCGGUUGUUGUAUGACAGAGUGUUGCGCGGGACUGCAUUGUCUAACAGAUUCCGUUUCGUGUCUUCCGCCCAUUGCAGCGGAAUGGUAAUUGCUUCGGAACCGGAAUCAGUUAGACAGCUCUUAGUCGAUAGAUUCAUGUCCACCGGCAAUUCAGAAAGUCUGCAUCUUUGGGCGUAUAAUACCCGACCAGUAGGAGCACACUGGUUGUUGCUUGCUAUCAACCCUAUAAGAGAAGUCGUGUAUUAUCUGAAUUCGGUAAAUGGUGACUGGACCAAUUAUCCGGCUAUGAAGGAAAUCGUUGAUUUGUAA